AUGUUUUACAUUUUACCAGACGGUGAACCUAAGUUUGAUACAAUUUAUGUACAGGUCAUGCAUUGGCAAUCUUUUGAAACAAAGCUUUACUGGGAACUGGAAGACAUGUGACAGAGAUAAGACACGCCAUCAAUAAGGAUGAUCGGUUGCUCGGUACAUGCCAGUUGAAGGACUGAGGGUGAAAUUCUGGAUGUGCCUCCAUGCUCCAACAGGAAGCAGGCGGCCUUUACUCUCCAUAAUACUCACAGCUUCAUCGGAUAGCACCAUCUCGAGGGUGUCCCCGUGCACUGGGUUGUACUGCUUCCAAGAGUGCAGAACCUUCACAUGCACUUUCCAGCCACUCUUGAUCCAUAUUGGCGUGGGAGAGAGAUAGAUAGGCAUCAACAAGAUUCGUGUAGAAACAAGAAAGAAGAGGAAUAGUUUAUCAAAUCGAAUAGAAUGGAGACUGAAGAAGCGAGUCGUGGUGAAAGUGGGUAUGUGGUGUGCGGAUCAUGGAUUCGUCGCCCGAAGAAAGUAAACUGGGCCAUCAUCGCCAAAGCUGCCAAACGACGUGGCUCCUCUUCUCCUCCUCUCCUUAACAUCUACUCUUUUGAUCCCAUCACUACUUCUCUCUCCUCCUCUCCCUUGUCAACACAUGCGCUCAAUGAGAGUGAUGGUGAUCCUGUGGCAAUCUCAGUGCACCCUGGCGGAGAUUAUUUUGUUUGCUCAACUUCCAAAGGUGGUUGCAAGUUGUUUGAGAUUGCCGGAGGAGCAACAACAGGUAUUACUAUCUUAGAAAAAGAACUCCCUCCUCUCCAAAAUGCUGGACUACAAAAGUGUAUGGCCUUCAGCUUUGAUGGCUCUAAAUUAGCUGUUGGUGGAGUGGAUGGAUGUCUGAGAAUUAUGGAUUGGCCAAACCUAAGUGUAAUCUUGGAGGAGCCAAAAGCACACAAAUCCAUUCGGGAUAUGGAUUUCAGUUUGGACUCAGAGUUCUUAGCCACAACAUCAAUAGAUGGAUCAGCUAGAAUAUGGAAAGCAGAAGAUGGUUUCCCUUUGUCUACUUUGGAACGUAGUGGGGUAUGUGAUAAUCUGAUUCUGUGCAGGUUCUCUAAAGAUGGAACAAAACCUUUUCUGUUCUGUGCUGCUCAGAGAGGUGACGUUCCUGUGGUAAAUGUUUAUGACAUUAGUACAUGGAAGAAGCUUGGGUUCAAGAAGCUGUCAAGGAAGAGUGCAUCUACAAUGGCAGUCAGCUUGGAUGGCAAAUAUAUUGCUUUGGGUGGCAAAGAUGGGGAUAUAUCAAUCGCUGAAGUGAAGACAAUGGAGAUAUACCACUACAGUAAGAGGCUGCAUCUCGGUCAAACCAUUGCUUCACUUGAGUUCUGCCCUAGUGAAAGGGUGAUGCUGACAACAUCGAGUGAAUGGGGUGAGAUGGUGACAAAACUCACUGUACCAAAGGAGUGGAAAGAGUGGCAGAUAUAUGCACUGUUGUUUUGCUUGUUCCUGGCGUCAGUGGUACUUGCAUACGUGUUCUUCGAGAACUCAGAUUCGUUUUGGAAGUUACCAAUGGGGAAAGAUCAAAGAAGACCAAAGAUUAGUCUUUUUGGAGAUUCAUCCACGUCUACUAAGGAUCAUAAUAGGUGGAACUUGGACCUAUAGAUAAAAGAGAUUUAUGUAUAUCUAAGAAACCUUUUCUGUUUUUUUUUUCUCUUUUCAAAACUUUGUUGCAUGUUUUUCCUUUCCUCCUUCUCAUUAUUCUGAUUUAUUUUAUUUUCUCAACCAUUACUGUUUCUUCUGAUUUUGAACGCUGUAAGAAAAAGUUCCCCAACUUUAGAAUUCAACAUAUACCAGAAACGCAGAAAAAUUAGGCGGACGAGCUUGUAAUUGGUGGCCAAUGUCUUCUUUUAUAA